AUGUUUGUUUUCCUCGACCCUUGGGACAGCCAGGUACUCUUCUACAUCACCAUGCUCCCCUUGCUUUUUUGGGUAGGAGAACUGCAGCUGGCCAGGCAGGCGACCUCGUUCAUGGCGACCUGCAUUUACGUGGGGAAUGCCGUGAAGGACGCCAUCAGUGCUCCACGGCCGGACUGGAGCAAAGGAGUCCGCUUGGUCCGUGAUGGGGCUGGCGAUGGGUCGCAGACGGAUGAGAUGGAGUACGGCUUGCCCAGCACUCACACGAUCAACACGCUUUGCAUGUGGAGCUAUGUUUUCUACUACUACAGCAGCUCCUCCAGCUACGGCGAUGGCUUCUCGGUCUAUUUGCGGACAUUGAGGUCUCCGUGGCUGCUUUUGCUGUUCAUUCUGAACAUCACCUGGUGCUUGUUUAUGAUGCAUGGUCGUGUGUACUUGGGCAUGCACUCGCCCAUCGACAUUGUUGCCGGAUUGGUUUUGGCAGUUCUGUUGCUCCACGUUUACAUCCAAAUUGAUGAUUUCAUCGAUGCCUGGAUGACUGCAACAACUGCUUUCGUACCGGCCUACCAAUUGGCCUUUGCAUCCGUUCUUUGUUGGACUUACCCAAGGGGGUUGCAGAAGACGCCAUCUUACAACUAUGCAGUGUAUUUCACGGGCGUUUGCUUGGGUGUGGUUACUGGGGUUUGGCGUUGCCCGCAUCAUCACAGCGUGGAAGCUGCUGCACGGUUGCGGGAAGUUCGAGGCCCCUUUCCCAGCGUGAGCUUCUUCGUUUUCGGAGGGCGUCGCUUUUUGCUGGGCCUGGUGCUGGUGCUGCUCUUGCGGGCAGUGACCAAGGAGGUCCUGAAGAUCCUUGUCCCAGCAGUGUUGCGGCUUUUGAGCAUUCCGCACUCUGAUCAUGAGGCGCAAGAGAAGGCAAAAAAAGAGCCCCAUUGGCUACAACGUCCUGACACCCAUCCGACUGCUGAACUAUGCGGCCGUGGGUUGGGCCGUGGUGGAGCCUUGCUUCGACCUCUUUCAGUGGCUUCACAUCUGAGACUCGCUUCACUCGCACCGCGCGCGCCGCUCGUCCGGCCUCACGGUCGGGGCUUUCCAGACCAAACGGUUCGGACCGGUCCAGUUUUAAUGGAAGCCUGGUGUUUGUGGGUAGUGAAUGGUAGUGAAGAGGACGAUUUCACCGUUUUGAUGCCAUGGUAA